AUGGGUGUCAUCUCACGGAUCAGCAUACUAUUACUGUUCAUGUCAUGGACGGGCCUGUGUUUGCCUACGGACGCCCUCUCAGACUCUGUUGUUGAACGGAGCACCUGCACGAGUAGUUGCAAGGUCGUGAGAAAAGAAUGGGGUUCUCUGACCAAGGCGGAGCGAACAUCAUACAUCAACGCUGUGCUGUGCCUGCAAAAGCGUCCCUCGAUCAUUCCAAAAGGGCUUGUUCCUGGUGCCAAGAGCAGAUUUGACGACUUCGUGGCCACCCACAUCAAUCAGACUCUCUCGAUCCAUCUUGACGGCAUCUUCCUUGCCUGGCAUCGCGAAUUCGUCUGGCUCUACGAGCAGGCCCUGCGGAACGAAUGCGGAUAUACCGGGACCCAACCAUAUUGGAACUGGGCUCUGUGGUGCAACUCUCUUUCCACCAGUCCCCUGUUUGAUGGAAGCGCUACCUCACUCUCUGGCGAUGGCGUUUUCGAACCAGACCAGGGACCGUACGUCGUUGGGGAGGGCGAAACUCUACCGCAUGGUACGGGCGGAGGUUGCGCUCUCAGCGGACCCUUUCAGAAUAUGACAGUCAAUAUGGGGCCGUUCGACUUCAGCAUCGUCUUCACAGGAGUUUUACCGUCAAACUGGACCGCAUACAAUCCUCACUGCCUCACACGCGAUCUGAACAACUAUAUUUCCACCCGCUACGGAAACCAGACGGCAAUUGAUGUCCUUAUGGCCAAGACAACAAUAGCGGACUUUCAAAACACCAUGUCGGGUGCGGACAUCAAUCUCGGCGUCCACGGUGGAGGACACUUUGCGUUGGGACCAACCUUGCUCGAUUUCUUUGCUAGUCCUUCGGACCCCGCUUUCUAUCUGCACCACGGUAUGAUAGACCGUGUCUGGACGCUUUGGCAAGCGGCGGAUCCGGCAAACAGAGUGAAUGCUCUGAGCGGUACCAGCACCAUCUUCAACCAAAAUACCACUCCGAACGUGACCUUGGACACAGUGGUCAAUUGGGGGUAUUUAGGGCCUCCGAAGACACUUAGACAGUUGGUCAGUGUUACGGCAGGGGACUUCUGCUACGGAUACCAGUAG